AGUGGCGCCACAUUUAGCGAAUUUAGGUUAUGUUUGUCAUGCUCAUCAACAUCCAGUUGAAAUCCUCGUAGAAAAGAAUUAUCUUGAAGGUGAAAAAUUAACAAUUGGGAAUUGUUGUGGAGUGAUAAUCGAAGUGAUCAGUUCAAAAUGGGAGGACUGCAAAAAGGAGGUCGGGAGUUGGCGCUGACAAUGCUGAGGUCAUUGCCCAGAGUUUGUUUGGGAAAUUUGAGAGCUAAUCCUGGCACUGUAAAGAAGAACAAAAGGGGAAGGGCUGCUCAUGGGGGUGAUAAGCAUGGUCAUGGUAACAAGGGCUCGGGACAGAGGCAGAAUUACAUGAGGACUGGUUAUGAAACUGGAAAUGUUCCAUUCUACCUCAGAUUUCAGUUCGAGCCCUAUUACAAAGGACAUCAUGUCCGGAGACAAUAUCCCCCACUGAGUCUCCUGCAACUCCAAAUGAUGAUUGAUACCAACAGAAUCGAUGCCUCGAAACCGAUAGACCUUGUCAGUCUAUUCAACACUGGUCUUUAUCACCACGAUUUUAUGGACACACAUGCAGGGGUCCAUCUUACUGAUGAAGGAAUCAACAAUUUCAAAGCGAAAGUGAAUAUUGAGGUUCAGUGGGCGACCGAACCAGUGAUCGCUGCUAUUGAGAAGAACGGAGGGAUCAUAACAACAGCAUUUUAUGAUCGGGGGAGUUUACACUGUUUGUAUGACGCCAUGAAAUUCUUCAAGAAAGGUGAACCAAUUCCUCGACGAAUGCUACCACCCAGUGACUGCCUGGAGUAUUACUCGAACGCUGCGACUCGCGGAUACCUGGCAGACCCAGACAAAGUAGCAUACGAACGUCUGGUCCUCGCUCAGAAGUACGGAUACACUCUCCCGAAGUAUGAAGAGGAUCCGGACUAUGAGAUGCUGUCAGAGAGAAAGGACCCUAGACAGAUAUUCUAUGGAUUAGAGCCCGGCUGGUUGGUGAGUUUGAAGGACAGGGCGAUUUUAAAACCAAAGGCCGAUUAUCUCAAAGAGUAUUACGCCAAUUAACAUUCACCAUGAUUAUUAUUACAUAUGUACAGUUGAUGAAAAUAUAUAAAAAAUUACAAAAGAACUGAGAAA